AUGUAGCUGCUGCAAGAGCAGAUGGUUGCUGGGGCUGAGGAAACACGCUCGUUGCUAGGUGGGGUCUCCCUCGCUGCGCUAUAAAAGCAUCAACAAACCUCUAGUCUCUUACUUCUGGCUGCGCUGCCCUGAAAAGUUGUCUUUGUGAGGAACAAGAAACUCUGUCAACAUGGCUAUGGUGUCAGAAUUUCUGAAACAGGCAUGGUUCAUGGAAAAUCAAGAGCAGGAAUGUAUUAAAAGUUCAAAAGGUGGCCCUGGAAUUCAGUCAUACCCUAACUUUGAUCCAUCAGCUGAUGUUGUUGCUUUGGACAAAGCUAUUACUGUAAAGGGUGUGGAUGAAGCCACUAUCAUUGACAUCUUGACUAAAAGAACAAAUGCUCAGCGUCAGCAGAUCAAAGCUGCCUAUCAGCAGGCUAAAGGAAAGAGUCUGGAAGAAGCCUUGAAAAAAGUUCUGAAAAGCCACCUGGAAGAUGUUGUUGUGGCUUUGCUCAAAACUCCAGCUCAGUUUGAUGCUGAAGAAUUAAGAGCUUCUAUGAAGGGCCUUGGAACUGAUGAAGAUACCUUAAUUGAAAUUCUGGCCUCAAGAAACAAUAGAGAGAUCAGAGAAGCCAGUAGAUACUACAAGGAAGUGUUGAAGAGAGAUCUAACACAAGAUAUUAUCUCUGACACAUCUGGAGACUUUCAGAAAGCUUUGGUUGCUCUGGCCAAGGCUGACCGAAGUGAAGAUUCUUAUGUGAAUGAUGAACUUGCUGACAGUGAUGCCAGGGCCUUGUAUGAAGCAGGAGAGAAAAAGAAAGGAACAGAUAUUAAUGUUUUUGUUACUGUUCUUACUGCAAGAAGCUACCCACAUCUCCGAAGAGUUUUUCAGAAGUACACCAAAUACAGCAAACAUGAUAUGAACAAGGUACUGGAUUUGGAGCUGAAAGGUGAUAUCGAGAACUGCCUGACUGCCCUUGUGAAGUGUGCCACAAGCAAGCCAGCUUUCUUUGCUGAGAAACUCCACUUGGCGAUGAAGGGCUUUGGGACACGGCACAAAGAGCUCAUCAGAAUCAUGGUUUCACGUCAUGAAGUGGAUAUGAAUGAGAUCAAAGGUUAUUACAAGAGACUGUAUGGCAUCUCUCUCCGCCAAGCCAUUAUGGAUGAACUCAAAGGGGAUUAUGAAAACAUCCUGGUGGCUUUAUGUGGAGGUGAUAAUUAAGAUUCAUCUUCCAGCAAUGCAGUCAAGACCUGUUGCUGAAGGUCUUUAUAUUUGCCUGAGCUGUCUAUUUAAAAUAUAGGCUUUACACAGUGAGGUUUCUGUUGAAUGGUACUUAAGCUGUAUGUAUUAUGCUGAAAACCCAUAACCUGGAAUGUAUUUUUUCAGUAUCUUUACUCUGAAUGGCAUUAAUAUAUCUUGCUGCCAUUUAUCUAAAGUCAAAGAAUGUCGUUAAGUUUCUGUUUGCUUGGCUAAUCAUGAAAAAGGUAAAGUUUUCAUCUAUGCCAAGCAAAUAAACUUUUAAAACCAAAAUUAACUCAUAUGUAACUUUGUAUGCCCUUUGUUGCUUUUCUGUAUUUGGUUUCAAAUUGUUUGUAUACAGUGCAUGAGAGAAAACCCAGUAAACAAAUAAUUGAAAAAUAAUGUAUCAGUAUCAGAUAAUAUAGCUAGUUCUAUACCUUUCCAUUUCUCUUCAGCUAGGGUUGAUAUGUCAGAUGUAAGAAAAAUAACUAAAGAUUACUUGUUAAAAUUUAACAAUAUGAAAAGCUAUCGAUAGCACUGUUUUGUUCUUUCAUUUAAAUUCCAGAGUAAAUACACCUGUUUUUUCUUUCUUCCUAUGUAAAAAAAGUAUACUAUAAAAAAACCUCUUCAUAGCCCAUAUGGAAAUUUAUCUUUUUCCUGAUGAGUUGUGUAAAUUUUUUGUCAUUUCCAAAGUGAAAAAAACCUACUAUCGCUACCUCUAUUUUGGACAGAGUUCAUACUUGGCAUUACUGUCAAAUGCUGUGUGAAUGAGUCAGUUAUAUCCCUGAGGUGCACUGGUGGAACUAAGCAUUACUUGUUGGGGUUUUGUUACAUGCAGACACUGCUAGUUGCUUUUAUGGUGGCUUCCAAUUACUCAUUUGAACAACAGCAUGCUAAACUACUACGAAAUCAAAGGUCAUCUUGGCUAAUUAAAAUUAAAUAUUGCAGGCCCUCUUCAUAUUAGGAUGGUCUAGGAUAACAGAACUAGGUGUCUUGAAAAGGAGAAAUCUUCUAGAAGAAACAUUGGCAUGGUGAGAGCUGGAAAGAAAAUUCCCAUAUGCCUCCCACAAGGCCAAGUUUUGAUCUGCAACAAUUAUUUUCCAAGAUCUAUACCCUAACAUAGUUUACUUUGUUGGUAAACCUUACUCUCCUUGUAGCAUAAGUGGAAUAGAGAGAUCUUAACCAAAGUUUAUGGGUUAUAUGCAUGAUAGGUUAUCAACUAAAACAGAAAAACAAACUAGCAGAGAUAUGCACAGAGGUCAUGUGAUGAGGGAUCUGUUUGAUGAAAUUACAAGCUUCAGAGAAAA